UCAAGUCAAGUGCAUCUCAGGACGAUGGACGACCACAAUGCGCAUGCGUCGAAGCUCUUGGGAUAUUUCCAGCGCAUGCGCAAGUCGGGGCAGUUGAUAGACAUGUUGUUGGAGGUAGAAGACGAGCUGUUCCCGUGUCACCGGGCGGUGCUGGCCGCCUGUAGCCUGUACUUCCACACCAUGUUCACGUGCGGGCUGCAGGAGACCAGGCAGAGGACUGUCCGCCUGUUAGAGGUCAGCGCAGAAUCUGUCUCCCAGCUGAUUGAGUUUGCAUACACCGGCCGGGUGGAGGUAAACCGGGACAACGUGUAUGAACUGUACGCCGCCGCCUGUUUCUUCCAGGUUGCACAAAUCAGGACAGAGUGCGCCAGGUUUCUCCGGCGGCACCUUGACGUCACCAACUGUGUACAGACGUACGUCCUGAGUGACUUGUACGGACUACGGCGUGUCAGGAGGGCGAGCAAGAAACUCAUCACGGAGCACUUUCUACAGGUUUCCCAGUCUCCGAUGUUUUUAGACAUGCCAGCUGUCCAGCUACAAGACGUCAUAGCCAGCGAUGACGUCAUGGUCACCACCGAACAGGACAUCGUUGACGUCAUCAUGACGUGGGUACGAGAGGACCCGGAUGAGAGAGGAAAGCACCUGCCCGAGCUCCUGAUGCGCGUGCGCGUGCCCUACCACAUCUUCCACGAUGACAAAUAUACUAGUAGUGAAAGAGAAGAUUUAGACACUGAAUCGUCGGACUCGAAUCAGCAGAUAAUGUCAAAAGGAAACACAACUUUUACCGAAAGCCUUGUGCAACUUGUUCCGCGUUUGGGAUUCUAUAUGAAAAACUGCGUUAUUUUUUACGCUAGGUCAAAUUCUUUCUUAUGCUUUUGCCCAACGGAUCAAAAAAUGUACCGUAUAGAAGCGCCACCGGGCGACAUGGAGCAGACUGCACCUUGCCUGGUCAACUUUUCUCUUUUGAGAACUGAGGAAAACGAGCUCUUAGCAGCUGGCGGAAGGUUGGACACAGAUGACGACGAGCCGCCAAGGUUGACAAGAUCUUUUCUUAAAUAUGACGUACACAGAAAUACCUGGGAAAGAUUGCUAGACAUGACAACACCGCGUGAGAACUGCCAGCUCGUCUUUUUGGAGGACAACUUUUUCGCCAUUGGAGGUUUCCGCCCAAACGGCUCGGCUACGUGCGAAAGAUACGAUCACGUGAACGACACGUGGACACCCAUGGCGUCACUGCCAUGUUCGGAUGUGGUGAACUUGAAAGCUGUCGCGGUGGACGAUGGGAUAGUUGUCAUUUCUCGAGAAGGAAUGUACCGCUACUGCCUUCGCAAUGACCGAUGGGAUACCCUCCCCUCCACAUUCAGGAGGAUUUUCGUAAAAGCUACGGCCUUCAAUGAACAAAUAUUCGGCGUAUAUUUCUCCCUCCCCACCACAAGCCCUCCACCCCUGCACCUGGGAGUGUAUCGUUCCGAGACAAAGCGUUGGCAAGCAGUAGGGACUGUACCAUUACGGCAAAAAGAGGGGGAGCGGCCUCUAUUUGUGGAGUUCUUAAACUACCGAGAAGAGCUAUAUCUGCUGUACGGUUGGAGAAAUGGAGAUGAAUGUAUUUUUUCCUCCGACAGAUACAAACCGUCAGACGACACCUGGGUACGAGGUGACCUUCUCAUCCCACCACUGUAUGCUGGGAACGAGAUUUUCGACUUGUCGUGCUUUUCGGCAAAGUUGGUGACGUCAUCUUUAAAAACCGUGUCAGAAUUCGCAUUUACUUAGAGGGAAUUUCUACUAAAAUAUAUAUGGAUACAUCCUCUGUGAAAGUAUGUUUGAAUAUACGUAAU